AGAAAUAAAAGAAGAGAAGAAAAGGGUCAGAGGGGAAUCUGUGUAGCUUUAUAGGACUGAAAGAUUGAAACUUUUUGGGGUAAUCUUGAGAUCUUAUUUGUUAUAGCUUUGGUAGUCUUCAUCCGACCUUUGCUGCUGGUUAUUGAUUUAUUUGAGACGGAAAUCUUAUUGAUUAUGAGCGGAUAACAUUCUGCAUUAUGAAUUGGAUUAAAAAAGCUUUUAAGGGGCGUAACCAUAAAUCUUCGGAGAGACAAUAUCAUGGGCACUAUGCUGAGGAUAGUCCCUUUUAUCCACCUUCCGGCUCAGGGGACUCAUGGCGGGAGUAUGAGAAUGAAGAGAUAGAUCGUGCUAUUGCCCUAUCCCUUCUUGAGGGAAGUCAGAAGGAGAGAAACGUAAAAGAUGAUGAUUAUCGACUUAAAGAAGAUGAGCAACUUGCGAGAGCUUUACAAGAAAGCUUUAACUUUGAACCUCCUCCACAAUAUGAAAAUCACAAUACAUAUCAACCUCUGCCAGCCCAUUUUCAGAUGGGAUACAGGAUUUGUGCUGGCUGCAAUACUGAGAUUGGUUACGGAAGAUUUCUAAAUUGCCUCGGUUCAUUUUGGCAUCCAGAAUGCUUCUGUUGCCAUGCUUGCAACCUCCCAAUUUCUGAUUAUGAGUUCUCUAUGUCUGGGAAUUACCGAUUUCAUAAAUCUUGUUACAAGGAACAGAACCAUCCAAAAUGCGAAGUCUGCAACCACUUUAUCCCAACAAACCCAGCUGGUCUUAUUGAAUAUAGGGCACAUCCUUUUUGGAUCCAAAAGUACUGCCCUUCUCAUGAACAUGACGGUACUCCACGAUGCUGCAGCUGUGAGCGAAUGGAGCCACUAAACACGGGAUAUGUGCCCCUUAAUGAUGGGCGGAAGCUCUGCCUAGAGUGUCUCGAUUCUGCAGUUAUGGAUACCAGGGAAUGCCAACCCCUUUAUCAGGAUAUAAAAGAAUUUUAUGAAGGCUUAAAUAUGAAAGUUGAGCAGCAAGUUCCAUUACUCCUAGUUGAAAGGCAAGCUUUGAAUGAAGCCAGAGAGGGAGAAAAGAAUGGCCAUUAUCAUAUGCCGGAGACGAGAGGACUCUGCCUUUCUGAGGAGCAAACUAUCAGCACUAUUCUAAGGCGACCAAGAUCUGGGACAGGAAAUCGUGCAGUGGACAUGAUAACAGAGCCCUACAAGUUGACACGCAGAUGUGAUGUGACUGCAAUUCUCAUUCUUUACGGCCUGCCGAGGUUGUUAACUGGAUCAAUCUUAGCCCAUGAGAUGAUGCAUGCAUGGAUGAGACUUCAAGGUUUCCGGACUCUUAGUCAGGAUGUUGAAGAGGGUAUUUGUCAAGUGUUAGCACACAUGUGGUUACUUACCCAGCUUGAAUCUGCUUCAAGCAGCAAUGCUCCACAGUCUUCAUCGUCUGCUUCGAGUAGUAGAUUAAAAAAGGGCAAAAUAUCUCAUUUUGAUAGGAAGCUUGGGGAGUUCUUCAAGCACCAAAUUGAAUCAGAUGCUUCCCCUGUAUAUGGAGAUGGUUUCAGAGCAGGUCAUCAGGCAGUUUAUAAAUACGGUCUUGGAAGAACCCUUGAACAUAUUCGGAUGACCGGGAAGUUCCCUCACUGAAACCCCAAAUUCUCAAACAUGUUUCCCUAUUCUUUUAGAGAGUUGAAACUGUGCCUUUUCAUUUUAGAACCAAAGGCCCCCUUGCACAUAGGAUAAUAUUCAUGUCUCCGUAGGGUAGUUUUAGAAGCAUUGCCAAUUUUCAUUCCUUGUAGCUGUCAGUGCCAUUCUUCAUUGUUUUAUAUAAUUAGUUUAUUGUUUUUGUACCCUUUUUGAGAACAAAAUUAUUUAAACAUUUCAUUUAUAAAGAAAUUUCGUUUCAUGU